CGAUGAUGGAGGCUCGGUGCUGUCGCUGCGGGCGCUGAGGGGUCACGGCUGCCCCGCGACCCCCCAGGCAGGACCCUGCCGUCCCACCGCGCCGCUCCGGGUCCGUCCUGCAAGCUCGGCUCCAGCCGCGCCCCCUGCUCCUUCCCCCUGGGCGCCCGCGGGCUGAGCGUUCUCUGAGGGUUCUCCGAGAGGUUUGAGGCGAUAAUUCAGCGUCUCCUUUCGCAGCGCCCCCGUGGGGGAAAUGCGGUAACCUGCGGUGAACCCGUCUGGCGCUUCUGGGACCUUCGGAGGCGAUGGAGCCGCUGCCCGAGCUCUACGCGAUCUUCCAGGGAGAGGUGGCCACAGUGACAGAUUAUGGGGCAUUUAUCAAGAUUCCAGGCUGCAGGAAACAAGGCCUCGUGCACAGGACUCACAUGUCCUCCUGCCGUGUGGAUAAACCCUCAGAGAUCGUGGAUGUUGGGGACAAAGUCUGGGUGAAGCUGAUUGGGAAAGAGAUGAAAGAUGACAAAGUGAAGCUCUCCCUGUCCAUGAAGGUCGUUAACCAAGGCACGGGAAAAGACCUCGAUCCCAACAACGUUGCCCUUGACCAGGACGAGAGGAAGAAACGCACCUUCAGGGACUACACGAGCCAGAAGAUCACGCUGGAAGCUGUUCUGAACACCGUGUGCAAGAAGUGUGGCUGCAAAGGUCAUUUUGCCAAGGAGUGUUUCGUGCAGCCUGGGGGUACCAAGUACAGCCUCAUCCCAGAAGAGGAGGAGGAUGAGGUGGCAGCAGCAGCAGGACAUGGAGGAGACAAAAAGACCAGCCUGGCUGAGGAGCCUUCAAAAAAGAGGAAAAAGUGCCCAACACGUGCUUUGGUGUCCCCUGUCAUCCCGUGUGACAUCCUGUCCUGCCUUCAGCCCUUGCAUCCUCAGCGAGUUUCCCAAGCCCUGGAAUGAAGCUCUCGUGGUUCUUAAAAGGUCUUGUCAAACUUUCUCACCGCCCAAGCCUGGGGAAGCUUGAGAAAAUUCUCCUGGCUGCAUAUCCCUUUCUCUGGAAGGGUUUAACUCUUUCCCGUCCUGUUCCAAAGGCUGUGAGGAUUUGGGGUGUUUUUUUGUGUGUGUGGGUUGGGGAUUUGUAGGAUUUGUAGUGAGUCUUGUUAUCCCACAGGAAAAUGUAGACACCGGGUUUUGAUUGUGGAUCCUCUGUGGGAUCCCAGAGGACUCUGCUCAGCUCCAAAGCAAGUGUUGUCUUUGCUCUUCCAUCUCCCUGAAACAAUUGUUCUCUGUCACGGUAAAUAAACUGCCAGCUCCCUUCUUUAUUCCCUAAUUGACAAGCCCGUGCCUGGUGCUGGGAUACCCAAUCCAUGGGAAAUCAUGUCCCUGCUCCUAGGGGAGAAGGUGCUGGUUUUAAAGGAAAUACAGGCAGGCUCAGCAUGAUCUGGGGUAGGAAUAUUUGCAGGGAAGCUGCACCUGUCUGGAAGUGGCUGGAGCUAAUGGAAGAGGGAGGAAUCAGCCUUCUCAUGAGGACACCCUCCACAUGAGGACACUUUCCCCAAGCAUUUCACUCCUCAGGGCAAGUUUGUGGGUGGCACUGGAGGGCUCCUGUGCCCUCACUGUUGACACACACCUACAUCCAGCGUGGCUUCAACAGGCUCUCCCACCCUGGGGAGCUCGAAGCCUGCAGAGAUGAUCCAGUGGGAUGUAAAAGUCCGUCCUCAAACAGUGUUCAGUGCCUUGGGGUGCUCUGCUGAUGCAAUUCCAGUGCACCCAGGCCUGAUCUCGGGGUAAUCUCUG